UAUUAUUAUUAUUAUUAUUAUUAUCACCAAGUUCGUUGUAAAUGUAUAGAUGUAAUGCACCUUGCUAGUUUGCAAGUGGUUGUCACAUUGUUAACUUUAUAAGUUUAUUAACUCGUGGCGGUAAAUAGUGAUUACAACGUAUCGGCCAUCAUCUUAAUUGAUACAUUCAUUUUCACGUGUAAUACACCGAUAACGUAACUAUAAUAAAUAUUUUAAUGAUAAAAUGUUAUAUUAUCUUCUAGGCUAUUUAAAAAUAGAUAAGUUAUUGUUGUGAUAUAUUAAUUAUAAUAAUUAUAUAUAUAACCGAUAAAAACUGCGGUUGCUCAGACCGUCACUAGUCCGUCAUCCAACGCCUUAUUCGUUUUGUUUUAUACUUGCAAUUGGAAUUGUUUAAAAAAAUGCUAUCGGUGAUAAAUCCUCGAUUUGAAUGUUCUAUAUGUCUUAAUUGUCUUAAAGAUCCUAUGCUAACACGAUGUGGACAUCGUUUUUGUUAUGAAUGUAUACACGAGUGGCUUAAACGUCAAAGUCAAAGUUGCCCAAUUGAUUCUUUACCGCUUUCUAUUGAUGGUUUAUUUCCUGAUAACUAUACAAAACGUGAAAUUUAUGAGCAAACAGUUACUUGUUUAAACAAUGGCUGUGAUGCAGUAGUACCUUUAUUAGAAGUUGAUGAACAUUAUACCUCAUGUAAAUUCAAUAAAAACCCUAUUAAUGGAAUAUCAGAUAAUAUCUGUCCGUUUCAUUUAAUUGGAUGUAAAGAUAUUGUAAAGAAUAAAAAUGAGUUAUUAAACCACCUUGUUAUGGGUGUGCAUCGACAUGUAACCUUACUCUCCAAGUCUCAUAUUGAUCUUAUGAACAAAAUACAAAAUAAAGAUAAUGCUCAUUCGAAAGCUUUAGAAGCUACUCAAUUGUGGGAUGCCAACAAAGAUCCUAAUUCAGAAAAAGCAUUAAUGAGUAAUUUAUAUGAAAGAAUAGUCGUAUUGGAACAAAUUAAUAUUGAAAAAGAUAAAGAUAUAGAACGUUUAAAUCAAAACAAUGCUAUGAAGGAUAAAGAUAUAGAACAGCUUAGUCAAACAGUUAAUAAUCUAAUCAUAGAACUUGGACAGACUCAAAAUGCAAUAUCAUUAGUUACAUGCAAUGGUGUAUAUGUCUGGAGAUUUGAAAAUUUUACAGAGUCAUUAAAACUAAUGAAAGAAAAACCAUUACAAACUCGAUAUUACACUCCAGGAUUCUAUACAUCUUCAGCAGGAUAUAAAGUAUGUGGUCGAAUAAAUAUCUCAACAGAUAAUCGUAAUCUUUCUUUAUUUAUUCACAUGAUGCGUGGUGAUUAUGAUGAUACUUUAAUUUGGCCAUUUUCUGGUCAAAUUACAUUAUCUUUAAUCCAUCCUACAAAUCCAAUACAAAAUACUUGUUUAAAAAUGCAAUCAUCACCUGAAUCUGAAGCCUUCAGAAGAUGUUCUUUUGGAAAUAAUGGUAUUGAGGUUCCUCCAAUAAAUCCAAGAGCUUUUGGCUAUACAGAAUUUAUUACUGUUGAUGAAGUCCUUCAAAAUGGAUAUAUUAAAAAUGACACAAUUGUGAUUAAAAUAAUUGUUGAAUGUAUUUAAUUUUUGAUCUCUAAUUUAUUUUUAUAUUAUAUUACCAAAUUUAUUAAAAUAUUAUAUGUAAUUACAUCCGUCCAUACAAAGCUUAUAUUAGAACUAUAUUUAAAAUAACAUUUACUGAAUAAAUAACAAUAAAUUUUCAAA